GAUGUGGUAUGUUUUGUUGUAAUCAAAGGCAACACCAGAAAGAUCGGACUUGCGAAAGACAGUAAAAAAAAAUCUGUUUUCCUGUGACAAUACACUACCAACAGCAAAACAUAACGAUUUUUUUUCCUGGGGAAAAUGGGGAGCCAAACAGAGCAAGAUCAAGAAGCAACUACUGUGCUUCAUUUAAAUGAAUGUACAACAAACGUUUCAACUGCAGGUGAAAACAUAUACAACAGCCUGAAGUGCUACAUGGUGCUGACCGACACAGAGAAGAAAGCUAUUGGCUCAAUCUGCUUCCUGGCUGGCCCUGUGACUUUCCUGGAGAACAUUCUGGUGCUGGGGGUCAUAGCCAGCUCUGCCACCCUGCGCAGACGCCCAUCAUACCUGUUCAUCAGCAGCCUGGCACUGGCUGACACAUUUGCCAGCUGUUUCUUCACCGCCUGUUUUCUAGACUUCCAUCUUUAUAGUAAAAGUGAUAGCUCUAAUAUAUAUCUCUUCAAGCUGGGUGGUGUCACAAUGGCAUUCACAGGCUCUGUAGGAAGCUUGUUGCUGACAGCGCUAGACCGCUAUCUCUGCAUCUACCAAGCUUCUAAUUACAAGGUGCUACUAACAUGCACUAGAGCCAAGCUGGCUAUUGUUUUACUAUGGUGUACAACCAUUCUAAUCUCCUUUCUCCCUCUAAUGGGUUGGAGGUGCACAACCUUGUUUGAUCCUCCUUGCUCCCAUCUUUUCCCCUAUGUGGAUCAUCACUACCAGGCAUUCUGGACGGGCCUGCAACUUGUGGUGCUCUUCCUCAUCACUGUUGCUUAUGUCCUCAUUCUGUGGAAGGCACACCAGCAUGAAGCAGUAAUGGGUGGACCAAAAAUGGGGAGGCAGAGUCUUAGAGGACAAGCACGAAUGCGCAUGGACAUCCAGCUUGCACGCACCUUCAGUCUGAUCCUCCUGAUCCUUGCAGUGUGUUGGCUGCCAGUCCUUUCCUUUAUGAUGGCAGAUGUCUCUGUGAACCUUAAAAUACAACAACAGAGAAUGUUUGCUUUCUGUAGCACACUCUGCCUGGUGAACUCAUGUGUAAACCCACUCCUGUACGCCCUGCGUUGCCGAGAGCUGAGGGGAGAACUUUUAGCAUUGCUGGAAUGUUUCAAAGGAGGGAGGGAUCGUACUUUGGGAAAAACUCCUGUCAUUCAGCAAGGAGAUGAAAAUGGUCACAAGGAUCAUACACUUGGAGACAGUAGCCAAGAAACUAUUUCUGAGAGGGUAGACAGGCAGCUAAAAGUGUAUAAUUUACAUUAAGUGAUGUGUGUUGUUCAUAAUUUUCAUAUUAAUCAUUUGUCAACUUGUUUUAUUCACCUUUGCUGAAUAGUGCGCAUACAUAAGUCCACAAAAUGUAGAUCUUCAGCAUAAUGUUAUCAUGCGUUGUGUGAUAUCAUGGCUAUGAUAUGACAAUUAUGCUUUACUUUUGAUGGUAAGCUUCCAAAUUGAAGUUGUUGUUUUGCUUUAAGAAUUUUUAGGACAUCAAAUAACAAUGGCAUUCUAAUAAGAACAAAAACACAAGCAAUAUGAGCUGCUGAUCAGGAUUAAAAGUUUGUGAGGCAAUAAUGUUUCCCAUUACCUAACUUGCAUAAACAAUUUCCACAAUGAUAAAUCAUUCUACUCAAUUUGAUCAAGACAAAAAAGAAAAAAAGGAAAAAAAAUGUAUGAGGAUGAUUGAGAGCAUGGUUUCAAGGUCUCUGGUCAAGGCUCAUCUAUAUAUAAAAAUAACCAGCCACAGAAGUUGAGAAUUAACUUUGGAACGAGAGGUUUUUUUUUUGCAUCACUUUGAAUGUCAGAGGCAGGUUAUACACAUUUCCUCCAGGAUGUAGUUUUAAAUUAAUUUGAGUCUGGUAUCAGCUCAAAUUGAGUUAAAUAUUUAGACAAUCAACCAGUAAUAACCCUAUAACGCAAAGAAUAAUGAAAGCUGGGCCCUGGAAACAGUCACAACACAAGGCUGAUAUAGACUGAUGGGUAAGUGGCUUUAUCUAAAUGUCUAAAGGUGAACCUGAAAGCCAUACAGUGUUUUGCUUUAAAAAAUAAAAUAGUUUGUUAGGAUGCCAUGCAAGAAGCAGAAGUGUGAGCGACAAGCUCUGUGCACUUUGCAAAAUUUUUAAUUAUUCUCAUGUUAUAAUUUGGUGAAAUCCGAUACACCCAGUUACACAUUUGCUCUUUGAGGUGAAACAUGGCAAAGAAGUCAAAAUGGGCUCUGGACAUAUUAAAAGACACAUAAGUGUUCAGGUUGAAAGCCCUGACAGGCCUACAGACAAGGGACUCGGCAUGGUGGGAGAGGAGAUCCAGCGUCAACUGUCCAACAUUCCCAGAUCUCAAUUUUAUAAGUAUUUACAGCUGUGCCACCUACUCUGCACUGCUUUUGGGAGUGGCACGCACCUCUCUAGUACGGCAGAUACUCUGGGAGUGGGGAUUGCUGCUUUUGGGAAGGGUCAUGAUGCAUCAGUGUAUUACACCCUGAUAAUCCAGAGUCUGUGGGAUAGAGCUUUAAAUUCUCUCAAAAUAUUAUGGGAGGAAGAUUUAAAUUUGUCUUUUGAGGAGGGAGUGUGGGCUAGGAUUCUUAAAAAUGUCAGAGAUGCUAGGAUGCACCUUAUGCAAUUUAAGAUUUUACAUAGAUUUUAUUGAACCCCUUCUAAAUUGUAUAGGCUUGGUCUUAAGGACACACCCACCUGGUGGCAAUGCCAUUCAGAAGAUGGAGACAUACACAAGUAUUUUGGGGAUGUCGUAAGAUUCAAGAAUUUUGGUUGAAGGUGAAAAGUAUUGUAUGUGAGGUGUUGAACACUCAAAUCUCGUUCUGCCCCAGACUCUGUAUUUUGGGAGAUGGGGAGGUCAUAAAUUUGGAGGAUAAGUACAUAAAAAAUUGGGGUUUGACCAGUGUGAUGAUUGGUAGGGAGGUUAUUUUAAGGGGAUGGAUGUCAGAUGGAGCACCCUCGUUCUCAGAGUGGUGU